CUGACCGGAUGUUGACUCUCAUCGUCGGGAGGAUGAUCGGAUGAGCUGCUAACGUCAAACAACUCCAGCUACACAGCGAGCAGACAGACAGGCUACACGUCUCUCACACAACCAGGUUGUGGCACAGAUUCCUCAGGAGGAAUCUUUCUUUUCUCAGUAACAAAAUAAAAGUCCACAGGAGAGUUGUGAGGGGAGCUUCGUGUCCAACCCCUUUCCCUAUACAGACAUCCGGCCACUAUGUCCAGUGAUCCUCCUCCUCCGUACCCCGGAGGACCCAGUGCCCCACUCAUUGAGGAGAAGAAUGGACAACCUGUUCCCAUCAGAAAUGCUCCCAUACAGGGACAGCCCUUGCCUCCAGACUACGGUCCUCCACCCUACGAGGCCACACACCCAGGCUUCCUUCCCCCACAUGUCCCUGGAGAAGGGCCCAUGCCCAUGCCAAUGCCUCUACCACCUCCAGGUGGCCCCUACCCACCUCCGCCCGGUCACUUUCCUCACCCGAUGCCAGGACAGAUGGGCCCCGGUCCCAGUCAUUUUGUCCACAUGGGAGGUCACACAGCGACCGUCCUGGCUCCUCCGGGAGCAGCCACCACCGUGACCGUACUGCAGGGGGAAAUGUUCCAGACCUCACCGGUGCAGACGGUGUGUCCGCACUGUCAGCAGGCAAUCGUCACCCGCAUCUCCCACGAUGUCGGCCUCAUGAACACACUCUUCUGCCUCUUCUGCUUCUUUGUAGGGUGUGAUCUCGGCUGCUGCUUGAUUCCCUGUCUGAUUGAUGACCUCAAGGAUGUGACACACACCUGCCCUUACUGUAAGGGCUACAUUUAUACAUACAAGCGUAUAUGCUAACCACCGACAGCUGUAUGCUACAGAGACAUGUACAUGCACACACAUAAACUCACAGCUCCUCCUGCUGGUAGUGACAGGCUUUUUCCCCCCAUUUUUGCAAAGUGUUGUGUAGCCCUCUUAAAUUGUCAGUGCGGUUUUCUCAUUAGUUCACCGAGUAUUUACUGUAUAUAUCUUUCAGCAUUAUUCUUUCAUGUAUAAAUAUGCAUUUGAAAUGUACAAAUCUCACCGAAGUAUAGAAGACCUAGGGCACUAAAACAUCCACAGAGAUGGAUAGGCUGCAGGCACACGGGAUCCUGUAUGGAAAGCCGGAGAAAAGGCUUGUAAUGUUACGCAUGUUAACGGUAAACAAAAAAAAUCUGGAUAGACUGACAGCCUCAGUCGGCGAAAGCUGUGAAAAUGGUCACUUUAUUUAUUUGAAUUCAUCUGUGAAUCUUGCUGAGAAGCAACUUGCUGGGUUAGCUUUUCUUGUUUAUUUUUGUAUUUAUUUUAAAUAUUUUAUCCACUAUUUUAACAAGUUAAUAUUGAGAACUGUGAACAGUUUUGUCCAUUUUGAUCAUUUUGUUUCUAACAGACAUAGUUUUUCCUUUUUAUCAUUACUCCUUUUUGAAUGUGAGCAAAUUAACGAACCAUUUUCAGCUCGAUAAAACUGAUGUAUUUGCUUGUCUGGGAAUGCCCAAGAUUGAUGUUACUUGCUUUAUUUAUUAAUCUUUUAGGCUUCAGUCAGUAGUCACGAAAGGUUCAGUGAUUUACGGUUACGGCCAUCUGUCCAUGAUGUACUUAAUUUUGAUAAAAAAGCAAAGAGUUGCACUUUAAGUUGGAAUUCAAUUUCCCCCUCUGAUGCAUUCAUAAAAACUAUCAACCUCAGCAAUCACUGGUAUUUGAGAGAUUUGGGCUUUAGUGUCAUCUCAUGAGUAAAAGCAGUGUAUAAUUUCAGUAGACUUAAAAGUAGAGCUGACUGUUACUGAUGGAGACACACUUAAUGACAUCUUGUGUCCUCUCUCUAGAAAAGUAUCUUGGCAAACAAAUUACAGUGGUGGCACCAUCAUCAUCACAUAACAUUGUUUAGCCUGUAACCCUCCUAAUAUGGCAUCAGCCCUUUAAGAUUACCCGCAUUGCUCAGAUGCAUGUUAGAUUAAUAAAUACAGAUGUCUAAAUAGUGACCUCUCUGCUAGGACUAAGCUUCAAAUAAAUGAUUGUAUCCGACAUCUUGCAAAAAGACAUUGUGAUUCCAUUGAGAUUACUACUAACAAUGAAGGACCAUUGUAUGCUCACCACAGCAUGCCCGAUCUGCGGUUCACCAUCACUCACAAAGUGCAGUUUGUCUGCAUGAGCCACACAUCAAAAAACAAAUAAUUCUCACUGGCUAGUUCCUUGACUAUAUAUGCAUUUGAUUUCUUUUCUUCUUGAGGCUAGCUAAACUGUGCAAGAAAGUGAAUUUUGAGUUGAAGGAUUGCAUUGAAACUUUUAAUACGAAGUACUGUAUGCCAUUGUCGUGGAUAAUGCUGGUCUGCAUUGCUCUCUAAAUGUCUGUGAUAUGUAUAACUAUGUAAGUCAAAAUUUGUUUGACUGUUGUGUACAGGUACUAUUUUAUCAAUAAAAAUCAGAACAGGA